UGGCGAAAUGUCCGUCAGAGGCGGACUUUCGUUAAAAGGGGUGACGUUACACAUGUAGUCAGAAAAUCAUUAUUCUGCGGACAAGUCAGAAUAAUGGAACUUUUUCGUACUGACACGCAUUUUAUUUUCGUGAAAGAGAGGUACAGCCUUUGGUGUGACAAAUUCACGGGCGAAUUCUCUGCGAAAUCGGAUUGGGAAUGGGCCUCUCCGAAGGAUUUAGAAUGUCUUGGUAUGUUUUAUGGAAUCGUUGGGAAAAUAGAACAGGUCUCAGUAUUAGAGCCUCGUUUGAUGCUAAUUAAAGAAGUUUCACCAGCUGGAGAAUUAUAUGGUGGCCAUGUUAUAUAUAAGAUUAAAUCUAUUGCAUUUUUGCAUCUUGGCACUGAAAACAGUGAUAUUGGACUUCUGCCAUGCAAAAAGCAUCAGAAUCUGCCAAAGAAAAAAAGUCAAGGUAGUUUGUUCGAUGUGCCACAAAAAGCUGCUUUUGCCAAAACAUGGGGAACCAUUAAAAGUGCGACAAACACAAUAAAAAACACUACACAGCAAGCAGCUGCACUUGCAACAUCUCAGGUGAAAUCUACAGUAACUAAACGAAGCAUUGUCAAAGACAAAGAAAGAUUCGAAAAAAGAAUCUUAGAAGAGCUGAAUAAAAUUUUUACAGAAACAGAUUCCUUCUAUUAUUGUCAAACUGGGGACAUUACUAAUAGCCUACAAAGACUUUGCAUUACAGAGUCACAGAAAAAUGAAGAGGAAUCACACAAACCACUUUGGCAAAGAGUAGACGACAGAUUUUUUUGGAAUAAGCAUAUGCUGCAGGAUAUAAUUAAUCUAAAAACAGAUAAAGCCAACUGCUGGAUACUGCCAGUUAUUCAGGGAUAUGUACAAAUAGAACAGUGCAAAGUAGAAGUAGGUUUUGAUGAUCAACAACAGCAUGAAACCUUUAAUUUAGCUAUUAUAUCAAGGAGAAGCAGGUUUCGUGCAGGAACAAGAUAUAAGCGACGUGGUGUGGAUGAUGACGGAAAAUGUGCAAACUAUGUGGAAACAGAGCAAUUAGUUUGGUAUCAUGACCACCAGGUAUCUUUUGUACAAGUUCGAGGUAGUGUACCUGUAUACUGGUCUCAGCCUGGCUAUAAAUACAAGCCUCCACCACAUAUUGACAAAGACGAACCAGAAACACAAAUUACAUUUGAGAAACAUUUUACCGAAGAACUCGGGGUGUAUGGUCCAAUUUGUAUUGUCAAUCUUGUAGAACAAACGGGUAAAGAGAAAAUCAUUUGGGACGCUUACAGUAACCACGUGAUCAAUUACAACCAUCCGGACAUAACGUACACAAUAUUUGAUUUCCAUGAAUACUGUCGCGGAAUGCAUUUUGAAAAUGUGACUAUCCUGGUCAAUGCAUUAGCUACGGUACUGACAGACAUGGGCUACUGUUGGCGCGAUAAGCAAGGCACAAUUUGCAUGCAGAAGGGAGUGUUUCGGGUGAAUUGCAUAGAUUGUCUAGAUAGAACGAACGUGGUGCAGACUGCUCUGGGUAAAGCUGUGAUGGAAAUGCAGUUUUCCAAGCUGGGACUAAUACCGCCGGAUGGCACGCUACCAGCAAAUAUUAGACAGACGUUUCAGUUGCUUUGGGCGAAUAAUGGGGAUAUUAUUAGUAAACAAUACGCUGGCACAAAUGCUCUGAAGGGGGAUUACACAAGAACAGGGGAACGAAAAUUUACCGGUUUAAUGAAAGAUGGCAUGAAUUCUGCGAACAGAUAUUUUCAACAACACUUUCUGGACGACAUUCGUCAAGCGGCGAUAGAUACCUUGCUAGGGAAUCCCAUCAACUUUAAUGAACUGAAACUCGAUUGGUCGCACUAUUUAGACAUCUUUGAUCAUUGCUGCAAUGAGCUAAUACCCGUGAAACCGACAAGCAUAGAGCUUCAAAUUGCUACUUAUCCUGACUUUAUUUAUGCCAGUGCUAUGUAUUAUUUAGUAAGAUACUAUUUAAAUCGCUUCAAAGAUGUCUAUAGGCAAGCUACCAUUGAUAUGAUGCUAGGAAAUUCAGUGAGCGAGGAAGUGUUUCAAGAACGUACAGAAGAAGAGGAUAAUGCUGCAACAGCGAUUCAUGUGAAACUGUUGAUAGAGGACUGCAAGAAACUACUUAUACCCGAUCCAGAAAUAAUUCUAGGCAGUUGGGGUCUUAUAGAUGCGGAUCCAGUAACCGGAGAUCCAACCGAAACAGAAAUGGAUACUAUUCUUAUAUUAACGCGAGACAGUUAUUACGUAGCUGAUUAUGACGACCAGAUCGACAAAGUUACAAAUUACCAAAGAGUUCCACUGGAGGAUAUUGUGUUGAUCGAAUUUGGACAACCUGAGAGUCUAGUUUCUCUGUUUAAAAAUAAGCAUUUUUACUGUAUUAGAAUAAAUUACAAGGUAGCCAACGAAUAUGGCUACUUUCACAUGUUUCGCAGUACAAACUUACGGUUUUUUAACAACAUGGCUGUUGUUGUAAAAACCGAGGAGGAAGGUAUAGAAUCUUUAAAAGCAAUCUGCGAGGCUAUUGCCGUAGCAAUGGAAAUAGCAGGUCUUCCAAAGGCUCCCAUAGCGAUGAAUGUAACAUUAGAUAGACGAAAGAGUAAAGUAGUUAAUGUGAAAGGAACUACAGGUCUCCUAGACAUAUCAUCAUUUCCUGAGUUGACUAGAAAUGUCUCCGAGACACAGUUACUAGCUCUUAAAAGUGCAGGAACGAAAGCGUUAAACAACAUGUCAGAGCAGUUCAGUAAAUUAAACAAACUCAGUCAUAGUUUUAGCGCUAGGAAACCAAUUGACUUGGCUAAAAGUAUAGGCAAGAAGUCCGAAGCAUCCUCUAAACCUACGUUCACGCUCGGUGGCAGAGAUAUAUCUGUACAUGGAAAACGUCACAGCGGAAGUAGCAGUAGCGACGACGAGAAUUUAAACAUUUCGUCCGGUCCCUUACAGAAACCAGAGAACUUCAGUCACGAUAAAAAUCUAAUGGAAGCUUAUACUCCAUCCAUUGGGAUUAUAAUGGGUGUUAAAAAUGCUGAAGUAAUGGAUUCCGAUAAAAACAAUGAGGAGCACAACUUAUUGAUGCGACCCAACAAUUUGCCAGAUCAGAAGUCCAAUGCAGAAGGCUUGGUGAUACCAGAACCUGUGUCCGGAUCAAGCACUCUGAGCACGUCUCCUCAGAGGACUACGGCGACUACUCCAGAAAUAACAAUUCAGAAUGUGACAGACGGUUCGACAGAAGACAAGGACAGAGUAGCCCCACCCUCAACAUUAAAUCUGACCAAAAAUAUUAGUCAUUCAUCCGGAGAAGUUGACAGCAGGUUCAUACACAGCAAUGCAAAUACCAACAAUUUGCAAACAGAGAAUAGAUUACAAGAGAAGAAACGAUCGACAUCGGAACAAGAUUUGACCUUGAACAUUACGUCUUCUCAGAGUGAAUCGGCUUUGAAGUCUAUUAAAACUAAUAUCACCAAUGUUACCAGCCCAGUAGCAACCACAGCCAAAGAUAUUCUGUCACCGUUUUCGAAAUUCGCGAAAGGCGUGCAAACGCUAGGAGCAAAUUUAGAUCCUAGAAAGUUGAAACCAGGGCAAGGAGGAUUACAGAGAAAUCUAUCGGACCAUCACGUGGAACAACGUCAAAAGUUACAAGAGAGGUGGGGUUCCUGUCAAUCCAAGCUCAUUGCUUUAUAAGUUUUUUUUUUUUUUUUUGA